AAUAAACCGGUUGUUAAAACAUAGAAAAUUCUUUCAUACAAAACCCACGAUAAAAAGUACCGUACAUCACAGUGGCGACGGGGUAUAUAAAAAACUGAUCGGAAUCACAAAAUUGAUUAAAGUGAAACUAGUUAAACAAUACGUAUGUUCACACAUAAAAUGGCGAUGUCGUAUAUAGGCUGUUCAAGGGUUUUUAAUCCAAAUGAAUGUGAUUGAAGAAUCUAUAAAGGACAAUAAGAACAAUACUUGUCAAUAAACGAAAUAAAGGAGGAAGAAAAACAACGUGGACUAUUGUUAAAUAUGUGCAACGAAACGACAUAUCAGUUGAUAAACAGUUUAUAUUUGCCGAAUAAACCGUCAGAGAAACCAUUCAAGGAAUUGAUAGCGCUAUUUGACAAGCAUUUUACACCAGCCAAGUUAGUUUUUCCAGACAGAAAAAUAUUUUAUUCCGCUUCGAAAAAUAAAGAUGAAACGGUACAAGAAUGGGCAGCCCGGAUAAGACAGUUAGCAGGAAAAUGCGAUUUCAAAGAUGAACUAACAGUUGUAAUGCGUGAUCCAUUCAUAUGUGGUUUACCAAAAGGACCUAUAAAGGACAGGCUUUUUGAAGAAAACAGUGAAAAUCUCACGUUCGAGAAAGCUAUCGAAAUAGCUUUAAAUAAGGAAGCUAGCAGUCAAAGAAGUCAAGCGGUAGUAAUUAAAAGUGAAACCCGAGCAGAGCAGGAAGUUUAUCACCUAGGAGGUAGGAAGUAUGCAGGUACAGCAGGAGGAAAGAGAUUGGAAAGCAGUAGCCAUCCGCCGCAGCAAGAUAGGAGCAACUUCAGCAAGACGUUCGUCCCGACGGCAGCAGGAUCAGGAAAGUACAUCCACCACCAUGCAAGUACAAACAUUGUUUUUUUCGAAAAUGUGGUGUCAAAGGUCAUAUUGCAGUAA